GCCCCUCAUUUCAUACAAGGCUUUGGUCAUGUCAUCAUCUAUGUGCAUGCGCAGCUGUUCCUCUGUUUUUGUGAUUUUGCAUUUUAGGUACGAAUUUUUCCAUUCGCAUUGGAUCGAUAAUUGUGUUUAAAUUGUUUAGAUAAGAAAGCUGGUUGUACUUCUGAUUAUGGAAUAAUCUAUAUUUAGCAGUUACUGCCCUCUUUCUAGAUUCUGGAGAGGAUUUGGAGAAAUAUACUUAUCGAAACUUAAUUUCACCGUCGGUCGAUUAUUACGGACGUUACGGUUGGCCCGACUAUUUUCACAAUGGCAAUGAUUAUGAAAGCAGCAAAAUGUCCCACAGAUGAGCUGUCGCUAAAGAACAGAGCUAUAGUCAACGCAGGCGACUUUCCCGCUGAUGUCAAAUAUAUUGAUCUAUCUACAGCACCUGGUCAGCAUUUCAUUUUUUACAUCGAACGUACGGUUUCUGGUGAAAUUAAUCCUGGAACCAUAGGGUUUUCAUUACUUCAACGAAAGUGGGCGACACUUUCAAUCAAUCAAGACAUUAGCGUCAAACCAUAUAAUUUCGAACGAUCAUCUGAAGUUCUCUGCAGUAUUGCUUUAGAGGUAGAUUUUCUACAGAAAAAAACUGUAACACAUGAACCAUACGAUAGUGAUCAAAUGGCAAGAGACUUUUUGCUUCAGUUUGCAGGAUUAGCUGUUACGGUUGGACAGCCAUUGGUUUUCAGUUUUCAAGAUAAAAAAUUGCUAUGCCUAGCAGUGAAAACCCUUGAGGUUAUUGAUGCCGCAGCCAUGGCUGGUGGUGCAUCAUCCAGUGGAUCUGGUAACGGUCCGGUAGAACCUAAACGAGUAAAUUUUGGUCGAUUGCUAGCAAACACUGUUGUGACGUUUGAAAAAGCUGAAAGCUCUGGAUUAAAUCUUGUUGGACGUUCUAAAGGUCGGGUGACGGCUGUGAGACAGUCUAUCAUUAAUCCUGAUUGGGAUUUUGGAAGAAUGGGCAUUGGUGGAUUGGAUCGUGAAUUUAAUGCGAUAUUUCGACGUGCUUUUGCUUCACGUGUUUUCCCACCAGAGGUGGUUGAACAACUGGGUUGUAAACACGUAAAGGGCAUUCUUCUAUAUGGACCUCCUGGUACUGGCAAAACACUUAUGGCACGACAAAUUGGAACAAUGUUAAAUGCUCGAGAACCAAAGAUAGUAAAUGGCCCGCAGAUUUUAGAUAAAUAUGUCGGUGAAUCUGAAGCUAAUGUGCGUCGACUAUUCGCUGAUGCCGAAGAAGAAGAAAAAAGACUUGGACCAGCAAGUGGUUUACACAUUAUAAUUUUCGAUGAAAUAGAUGCAAUUUGUAAAGCUCGUGGUACUGUCGGCGGAAAUUCUGGUGUGCAUGAUACGGUUGUCAACCAACUGUUGGCAAAAAUAGAUGGUGUUGAGCAAUUAAACAACAUUCUGGUAAUUGGAAUGACAAAUCGAAGAGAUAUGAUAGACGAAGCAUUGUUAAGACCUGGUCGUCUAGAAGUUCAAAUGGAAAUCAGUCUUCCUAAUGAAGAAGGUCGUGUGCAAAUUUUGAAUAUACAUACUAGACGCAUGAAGGAGUUUAAAAAGUUAGCUCCUGACGUAGACUUGAGCGAGCUUGGUCAAAAGACUAAAAAUUUUAGCGGUGCUGAACUGGAAGGAUUGGUACGUGCAGCGCAAUCCACCGCAAUGAAUAGACUAAUAAAAGCAGCUUCGAAGGUCGAAGUGGAUCCUGCGGCCAUGGAAAAGUUGAUGGUCACUAGAGAAGAUUUUUUACAUGCUUUUGAAAACGAUAUUAAACCUGCUUUUGGCACAGCAGCAGAAGCCCUAGAAAACUAUUUAACAAGGGGCAUUAUCAAUUGGGGUCUACCAGUGGCUCAUAUUCUUGAAGAUGGUGCUCUUUACACAGAACAAGCUCGAGGAACAGAAGGUUCUGGAUUAGUUUCAGUACUUUUAGAAGGCCCCCCAAAUGCUGGAAAAACUGCGCUGGCUGCUAAACUAGCGAAACUCUCUGAUUUUCCGUUCGUAAAAGUAUGCAGUCCUGAUGAGAUGGUUGGUUUUAGCGAGGGUGCUAAAUGUCUUCAAAUACGUAAGUACUUCGACGACGCUUAUCGCUCCACAUUCAGCUGUAUCCUAGUGGAUAAUAUCGAGAGACUGUUAGAUUAUGGACCAAUUGGUCCUCGAUACUCUAAUCUAACGCUUCAAGCAUUAUUGGUAUUACUGAAAAAGUCUCCUCCAAAAGGGAAAAAACUUCUCAUUUUGUGUACGACUAGCCGAAGGCAAGUGUUAGAGGAUAUGGAAAUGCUUUCGGCAUUUACUGCAGUACUGCAUGUACCGAAUCUUUCUACUGCGGAUCAUUUGAUUGCAGUACUCGAGCAGGAACCAGACGUGUUCGGUCGCAAUGAACUGGCUGCUAUUUACAAACGUUUAAAAGGACGUCGAAUUUUUGUCGGAAUCAAAAAACUAUUAGAUUUGAUUGAUUUAGCCCGUCAAAUGGAUCCGCAAACUCGUAUGAUGAAGUUUUUGUCAAAGCUUGAAGAGGAAGGAGCCAUUGAAGAUGCCACUGUGGCACACUAAGCAAUAUUUAAAAGAGCAUUUUAAUAUACAAUGGAACCCCUUAUAACGAAUUUUUCAAUGUAGAUACUCAUAACUAGCAAAUCCAGAUGCUCUACAAAUAUCCGUCUUAACGAGUAAAAUCUCGCAUAACGAGCAAUUUCAUUUUUGUUCCCGAUAAGAAUUCGUGAUCAUUUCGAGAGUUACAUUACUAAGAAUUGUUAAAUAUCAAGCUAUUACCAAAAGAGGCAGGUAUAAGUGUGGAGGAAAAAUGUAAGGGAGGUGACACAUUAACACCCACUGCCAGUUUAAAACUCGCAAAGUCGUCCAAAAAUCGAAAAAAGCCGGGACGGGCCGUGGGCGCGAUCACUCUACGUCCAGAUAACUCUUUUCAGAUCAGAUAAUGGAGCUGAGAGUUUUGCGCUUAUCGACAGGUCGAGUAAAUGAAUUAGUGUCUUCAGUUUAAUUGCUCCAUUUAAUUCCUUCUUAUUUUACAAUAAUGGAGGCUUUCUUCUGCUUCGGUUGUGGAAGUGGGCAGGACGUGGUUUUAAUGUGUAGUGUACCUUCCUAAGAAGCGUGUGUUUCUGAUUGUGAGGUAUAUUGAUAGGUAUGUUCUUGCAUGCAUUCUUGAUCUACAUGCAUUCUUGAUCUACAUUGAUCAUUGGAUUACUGUAGCCACUUGGAGGUGUCCCGUAUGGUUGCGAUGCACAUAAUCCUUAUAUACCGGCACUUUUCUUAUCAAUUAUUUCAUUUUUCAUACAAAUUGUAUGAAAAAGAACCUUCUGCAUGACUAUUUUUUUUAUAUAACGAGUGAGUUAUGGGAACGGAUUUGUUAUGAGGGGUUCUACUAUAGUUGUCCAUGUUGCAUUACGAUUUAUGAAACACAUUUUGAUAGGGUGAUAAUAGCCGGUAUCGCGAAUGAAAUGUUUAUGCAUUAACAUUUGUUUUAAAUUAAUAUGAGUCAGUAAAAUUGCUCGAAUUUGGCAUCCUGAACACAUUGAGUUCAUUUGCUAAUUUUACCGAAGGCCUAGGUCGUUGUUAAACAAACCAUUGGCAAGAGCAAAUCAAAUUCGAGUAGUCUGUGAGCUUGCAUGAGGUUCGCGACAACUUCAUAGCGCCAGCGACCUCGCAUUAGAGCAGCUUGUGAGGGUAAGCAGUUUUUCGCCCAAAGUUACAGAUAUUUUUUGCGGUGUGGGAGGAUGGGAUCUUCAAGAAGCGAUAUUGAUCCCAUUUUUUUGUUUUUUGACUGAUCACAUUUUUGGCCAUCUAUUGCCGAUUCUCAA